UCGGGGGGCGGAGCUGGAGGGGGCUGGUUCGGCGAAGGGGCCGUUGGCUCCAGACAAAUAAACAUGGAGUCCAUCUUCCACGAAAAACAAGAAGGCUCGCUUUGUGCUCAACAUUGCUUGAAUAACCUAUUGCAAGGAGAGUACUUCAGCCCUGUGGAAUUAUCUUCAAUUGCACACCAGCUCGAUGAGGAAGAGAGGAUGAGAAUGGCAGAAGGAGGGGUUACUAGUGAGGACUAUCGCACAUUUUUACAGCCUUCUGGAAAUAUGGACGACAGCGGCUUCUUCUCUAUACAAGUUAUAAGCAAUGCCUUGAAAGUGUGGGGUUUAGAACUAAUCCUCUUUAACAGUCCAGAGUAUCAGAGGCUCAGGAUCGAUCCCAUAAAUGAAAGGUCGUUUAUAUGCAAUUAUAAGGAACACUGGUUUACAGUUAGAAAAUUAGGAAAACAGUGGUUCAACUUGAAUUCUCUCUUAACGGGUCCAGAAUUAAUAUCAGACACAUACCUUGCACUUUUCUUGGCUCAGCUACAACAGGAAGGUUAUUCUAUAUUCGUCGUUAAGGGUGACCUGCCAGACUGUGAAGCUGACCAACUCCUGCAGAUGAUCAGGGUCCAGCAGAUGCAGCGACCAAAACUUAUUGGAGAAGAAUUAGCACAAUUAAAAGAACAGAGGGUCCAGAAAACCGAUCUGGAACGAGUCUUAGAAGCAAAUGACGGGUCGGGAAUGUUAGACGAAGAUGAGGAGGAUUUGCAGCGGGCUCUGGCCCUAAGUCGCCAGGAAAUCGACAUGGAAGAUGAAGAGGCAGAUCUCCGCAGGGCUAUUCAGCUCAGUAUGCAAGGUACUUCCAGAAACAUAUCUCAAGAUAUUCCACAGACAUCAGGUACACAUCUUACUUCAGAAGAGCUGCGGAAGAGAAGAGAAGCCUACUUUGAAAAGCAGCAGCAGCAGCAGCAGCAAGAUCCACCAGGACCACUUACACAUCCAUGUGAAAAGCCAACCACAAGUUCAGAAGCACUUAGCAGUGAACUUGGUGAUGCCAUGAGUGAAGAAGAUAUGCUUCAGGCAGCUGUGACCAUGUCUUUAGAAACUGUUAGAAAUAAUUUCAAAACAGAAGGGAAAAAAUAAUACCUUUCACAAAUCAUUUAGAUACUCAUACUUUCCAACAUUAUCCUGUGUGAUUACAGCAUAGGGUCCAUUUUGAUAAUGUGUCAAAGAACAAUUUUCAACAGAGGAAAUAAGAUUUAGGUGGUUUGCAAACAAUAAGAUGAGAUGAUGGAAAAAUGCAUUCGUUGUCAGGACUAAGUAAUGAUCGUCCAAACACUAGCCAAAGAGGCGUUCAGCAGCUAAACUUAAAAUAGUUUUCUAAAUGUUCCUUUUUCUUUUUUGAGUGUGCAAUAUCUAACAUGUCUAAAAUUAGGGCAUUUUUCUUGGAUCUUUUUGCAGACCAACUAAUUAUAACUAGCUCUUGCCACAGAACUUUUCCCAUGCAUUUUGUUUUCUUUUCCUCCCUUCUGCACAGGGAAUUUGGCUCCCUUGCAUCAUCUUAGAGUUGCUCUUAUUUCUCAUUAACCACAUUAACCUCUUUAGGAUGGUGUCUCUUUACUGUAUUGAUAAUAGUAAUGGUUCCAGAAGGAUAAGCCAUUCUCCCUUUGACCAUGUAUCACGCACUUGGGUGUUUUUUUCAUGUUAUUUCCUCUGAUCACAAUUUCUCUGCUACUGGGUUUUCAUUGCUUUCUACAACUCUUGAAAGAUGGCAGUCUUCCUGGUUUUGCUUUUUAAGCCCUCUAUGAUGGGAUCCUUACUUCAUGUUUUUGGUGCAUUCCUACACUCUGAAAUCAGCCCUGCACAAGUAUUUGAGAAUAAAUGAGAAUUUUGUUCAUGUGUGAGCAACAUCCUUUCCCAGAUGCUUUGUGAGUGUCUUCUCAGUUAUGUCAGAACUUGACAGGUUUGUUUUAACGCUCUUUCCCACCCCUUGUUAUUUCCUUUACUUCCACACUUGAGGGAAAUAGGACAAGCAUAGCAUGCAAAGCCAGGUUCCUUCUGUUCAAAAAACAUGCAGUGCCCACCAUGAAUGUAUGAUGAAAUUUGGCCUUCAGUUUUAGUAACAGUUUCAUUUGUUUUUUUUCUCCUGUGACUGGAGCUGUCUGUUCUGUUUACAUUUGGGUCUUAGAAUGUAGAUGUCUGCUUCUGCUGUACAUCUUUCAGUAGGUAUAGCUUUGCCAGAGCUGAUGAUCUAGAACAUGAACGUAAUCUACCAACAAAACUCAGUUUCUACUGCGAUUUGACACGUCCGUCGUAUUUAAAUAGCUUAGAAUUACAGAAGCCACAGUACUCAAUGAGUUUGUAAAUAAGAAAGUCUUUAGUUUUGAUAGCAAUUCUUUAAUUGGGAGACGCAGAGAGAUUCUUCCUGGGUCAGUGCAGUGGGAGGAUUUUGGUGAAAGUCAACCAUGUCUCUCUGAAAUGGCCCUUUUAGAUUCCGUCAUCCAUUUCCCUUCCUGCAUUCUCCAUCCACUUUUGAAGCCCUUCUGAAUGUUGACUUGUUCAUAAGCUAAAAUUUAAGAGGAAAAUUCAGCUGACAACUUAGAACAUUCAAAUCGUGGUGGAUCGCCAGACUCUGGUGUGUGGCUACCCACAUUUUAUCAGGGAAAAUUUUUUGAUGUAGGAUUAAUUGCUAGCUGAAAAGAGAGGAGGAAAUGCCUUUUAUUUAUGAUUAUAAAAUAGUUUUUUCUUGGAUAGAGAAGUUUUUUUUAGUCAUUAUUUUGUGCCAAGUUAGUUUUCUGAAGUUCCCCUGGCAAAAAAUUAGAUGGUUUUAUUUUAAAAUCUGAAGUUUUCUUUUGACAAUUGAAAAUGUUUCAGAAGGAUUAUAAAACCUUAGACCUGAAAGGGAUGUUGGAGUUUGGUACUACUCUCUAAGAUUUACAAACCAAAAUAUUUUAAGAUCGAACAUUUCUAUGAUUUAACCCUAGUGAAACAGUCAUAUUGGACAUUCGGCCUUUACCAUUUCUUACUGAAAAAUUAUGUUAAACUUUUCCUGCAUUUGAAUCGAUGAGCUCCCUAAAAUAAAAAAAUGAAUAUGC